AUGGAGGAUCAAGAAGCACAACGACUUGGUCGAAUUUUACGACCUAAAAAAGGGACUAGUCAUCAAGAGUAUAAUAGCUUUUUCUAUUCACUUGUUUCACAAGAUACUAUUGAAAUGUAUAAUUCAGCUAAACGAAAAAGCUUUCUUAUUAAUCAAGGUAAUUCAUACCAAAUCAUAACAGGAUUAGUUAAUGAAGAACAUCAACUAUUCUUUUCAACAAAACAAGACCAACAACAAAUACUUCGAACAAUUCUUCAACAAACAGAUCCCCCUGAAGAUAAAGAAGCAAAAUCUAUAGAACAAAUUGUACUAUUGAUCACCUCAGUUGAUCGAUAUGUCAAUCCAUCAAACAAAGUGAAACAUGAACUAUUUAAAAAAUAUCGAAAAUAA